AUGCCGUCCGACACACCUGAGCAGCAGCAGCAGCAGCAGCAGCAGCAGCCGCCUCACCCCGACGACGACCUCGACGUUCUCGCCGCCGACGACGCUGCCGAGGAAUUCGCCGACGACGACAAUGACAUGGCCAUGGACUCUGACGACGACCAGGAGCUCCUCCUCGCCAACGACGCCAUUGCCUACUUUGACGAGCCGCAAGAUUCCCUCUUUGCCAUUGCCCAGCACCCCGCGCACCCGUCCCUCGUCGCCGUCGGCGGCUCCGCCGACUCCAUCAACGCGCUGUGCUGGACGCUGCCCGCCGGCGAAGUGCUCGUGAGCGGCGGUCUGGACGGCCGCGUACGCGCCUGGAAGGCCGACGUCUCGCCCGCCGCGGGCCUCGGGAUGACGUUGCUCGGCGAGGCGCAAGAGGUCGAGGAGGUCAACUGGAUCGCCGCGUGCCCUUCGCCCGACUCCCCCAACACGAUUGCCCUCGGCGCCAACGACGGCUCCGUCUGGGUGUACACGAUUGACCCGUCCGACCCCGCCAACCCGCUGCAGAUUGUGCAGUCGUACUUUUUGCACACGGGCGGCUGCACCGCCGGCACCUGGACGCCCGACGGUCGGCUGCUGGCGACCGUGUCCGAGGACGGCACGCUGUACGUCUGGGAUGUCUGGGGCGCGGCCGCCGCGCGCGGCAUCGUCGACAGCAACGGCCAGACGGCCGUCGCGCUGUCCCCCGAGGACCAGCGCUUCGCCGUCGAGGGCGGCCUGUACUCCGUCGCCGUUGACCCCAAGGCCACGUUUGUCGCCGUCGGCGGCGCCGGCGGCGCCAUCAAAAUCGUGUCCCUUCCGCGCCUCGGCAACACCACCUCUUCUUCCCAACAAAACAAGUCCCCCUCGGGCGUCGCCGACGCCACCACGGGCGGCCAGAUCCUCGCGUCGCUGCAUACCCAGACCGACGGCGUCGAGACGCUCGCCAUCACCCUCGCGCAGACGACGCCCGCGACCGUGCUCCUUGCCGCGGGCUCCGUCGACGGCUCCAUCUGCGUGUACGACGCGACGAGACGCUUUGCCGUCCGCCGCCACAUUGUCGGUGCGCACGAGGAGCACUCGGUCGUCCGAGUCGACUUUGUCAAGAACUCGUGGCUGCUCACGUCGUGCGGCAUGGACGGCGUCGUGCGACGUUGGGACCUCCGGGGGAGCGCAGGGGCAGGCGCGCAGGCGGCCGGCGGCGCGGCGGGCGCCUCUGACGGCGGCCUGGUCAAGGAGUGGAAGGGCCACCGCGGGGAUGGCGAGGGCGGCGGCGUGCUCGGCUUCGUGCAGGGCGAGACAGGUGAGAGGGUCGUCACAGCGGGCGAUGAUGGUGUCUCUUUGGUAUUUGAGGCGUAG